GAACAGAGCAGUUGUUUUGGCUCUGGCACCUGCUCCUAUAACAGCUUCUACAGACACAGCACCUUGCAACUUUCAGACCAUGUGAUCAGACCUUGUGAUUUCCUACAUGAAUAGUGAAUAUUGAAGAAUAUUGAAGACACUGCCUGUCCACGAAGGAUCUAUUUUUUCAGAGGUUCCCCAUUGCAGAGAAAUAAUAUACUGUAGGUGGAUCUGGUAACCUGCAAAACAAGGUGCAACUGUGAGGGUCAUUGGUGGGUGUGGACAUUACGGUGGAAAAGUAGGCGCACUUGCGUAAGUAAAGAAGAAGAGUGGAUCCCCAAUUUUUUCCAGUUCACUCUGCUCAGUUUUUUUGAUUUGGCCUGACCAAUGGAGAUUAAAAAGGACCAGAUCCGUCUGCUUCAAGGCUGCCUAUUCAUAUGGAUUGGGAUCUCUGUAGCUGCUGCUUUAGAUGCAACUAAUUUCGCUCCAGCAGAAAUGACUUCUGCUCCAGCAGAUACUGCAGCGCCUGUCACAACAGCAGCUAUGGCACCAGGACAGCCAGAUCAAACUACACCUGGUCAACAACUAGAUUCCGCUGCUGCAAUGUCUAUGGGUUCCACUUCUGCAAUGUCUAUGGAAUCCACUACUGUCAUUAGACUGGAAACAAACUGUUAUACUUUUAGCUGUGUGGGAGAACACUGUUAUAGAAAUGGAUCAAAACAUGAAAAUGCUGAUAAUGCCACAUGUUCCUCUUACUGUGGGAUGUAUCGUCAUAACAAUUCCUUUUUUGAAAUUAAGUGUGAUGAACACUGCAUGCAUCACUUGUGCAACGAUACAAUGCAAGAUGAAUGUACCCUGCACUGCUGCAACACAUCGGAAUGCAUGAAUCUAAACAUCAAUAGUGAUAAUACAACAGCAAUGAGUACAGCUGCUACUGCUGCGCCUAUGACCACUGCUACUACUACAUCUACGACAACAAUUGCAUAUAGCGAUAAGAAAUGCAGAUCAUUCAUAUGCACAGGAACAGACUGCUAUAAAACACAAACAGGUGCUACAGUGAAAAAUUGUCAAGUUGGAGUAAACCACUGUGAGUUACAAAAGGUAAUUGGCACUAAUUCCGUCUCUUAUGAAGGUGGCUGCAGUAACACCUGUUCCACCAGCAGCAAAUCCUGUGCUGUCCUCACCAACGCCAACUGUUUCCAGGAAUGUUGUAAUGCUACAAGUGCUGGAUGCUGCAUGAAACUAGAUGGGCAGGUGCACUUCAACACCGCUGCUGUAGUCCGCAGGAGCUCUGUCCUGAAGAUAUUCACUUGUGCCAUCAUUGUUAUUUUCAUCUCUCGUUACAUUUCCUCUUCCCGUGCAUAACUUUUAAAUCUUAAAAUAUUUUUUAAGCUGGUGAGAUUUACAGCUGAACACACUGAGACCAGGAACACUAAUGCCCAAUACACAAGAGGAACAUGUAAUGUCACUGAGGACACUCUAAUCCUUACUUAAGAAGACAGCUUCCCUAAUGUAAAAUCUGCACAUUGGUUAAAGCAAAUCUAAUUUCCAGAAAUAUGACACCUUAAGCAAAAUACAGGGAAAUAUGUAGGCAGAUAAAUUAAAUAAUUUACUGUAUAACAAUUGUAAUUGGUUGUUUUAGCAGCCAAUCAAAAUGAAUUAGCACAAUGUAAACACCAGCUUGGUGUUUUCAUAUAAUCUUUUUGUAACAUUGGUAGUCAGUAACUGUUUUCACUAUCAAAAGCUACAUUAACAAAACUAUAACUGCAUGUCAAUUAACUAAAAUGCUACUAUUAUUCAUGAAUACUAAAGUUUCAGGGAACCGAAGUCUAAAAACUGAAUCUAUCAUUUGUUCCAUGGAAACAAUGAUUGUUUUCAUGCACCAUAGAAAUGAAGUAAGACAUUUGGUUAAUUCUAUUGAAGAAUAUAUAUCAUAUAGAAUGGCUUGGCAAUUAUCUUUCUAGUGGGUUUUCAAAUUUAUAAUAUUUUAGCUUAUAUAUAUAUACACAGACACACACACACACACACACACACACACACACACACACACACACACACACAUUAUGUAUAUAUGUAUAUAUAUAUUGUUAAGUUCGAUUUCACUUACAAGGAAAAGCAAUACCUAAUCACACUGUGGUUCGGACCGCUGCGGCCGCUUACGUAAACAAUAACCCCUAAGAUGUGUAUGCACGUUACGUAUACGCGCUGACACGCUGUGCGCACAAUGCAGCGACACGUGUGGCUGAAUACACCUUAUUCCCCAAACAAGAAUGGAAUGCGACACCAGUAUUUACAAGUUAUGUUGUGGUCCAACACAUCGACAAUAUUUACUCAAAAAGAUAGAAGUAGAAAAUACAACAAUAUUACAGAGAAGAGCUACAACCAGUAGUACAUACGUUUGUUCGCCAGUGCUCCCGGAUGCAGGCCUCAGUCAGUCUUAGCAAGAUGACCUCCAGAGAAUAGACUGAUGCCUGGUCAGGGAGCCUCUCUUUUAUACAAUGGGUCCAAAAUACAAUACAAAAGAAAAUGUAAGCUCUUCUUCCAUAGGUCAAGGGGCAGGUCAUUUACAGUACAUGAGGCGUCAUAGGUUGGUUUGAAUAAGUGAGCGAUGCUUAGUCCAGGUGUGCAGGCUGAUCUCCACCACCGGGUUCCCGUCGAAUAUCAAGAGUACAGUAUCUACAGUAUUGGUUAAUAUUACAAUUCUGCGCAUAUCUAUGCGCAGAAACAUGCGAUUAACUGCAGAUAACAAUCGGAAUAUAGAUCUCAAAAUACUACACAUCUGGAUACCAAACACUAAGUCCUAACCUUGUUCUGUCCCCUCACAUCCUGUAAAGCUGGAUAUCUCCAUUGUUCUAUCCUCUGAGUAAAUGUAACUUGCUGGCAAUGUGUGUGGAGACUAUGUUUAAAUUGUGCACUAUAUGAAUUGAAUAUUAAAUAUGUCUUUGUAGCUUUUCUGUGCGUAUGCUACCGUAUAUACUCAUACCACGCGCCAAUGCGCAAGGCUCGUGAACCAGUGCACGUGGCGUGCGGGUAUGCAUAUGCACGGCAAACACGCGCACGCACAGAGGCCACUCUGUGUGGUGUUUGCACUUGUAGUGUGUGUGUAAUAUUUUCGACUUCGACAAUAUAUAUAUAUAUAUAUAUAUAUAUAAAAGUCAUUCGCGGCGG